CUCAAAUCCCAGUACAGAUAUUACAACUUCUCAAGCAUUUCCUGCACAAAUUCAAGAACUUAAUUGUUGCAAUGGCACAAAGGAUGGAGAUGAGUUUGGUCCUUGUCCUGGUGACCAUGUUCUUGGCGAAAGCAGCAGCACAGUCUAGUUGUACCAAUGUGAUCAUCAGUAUGUCACCUUGCCUCAAUUACAUUACUGGCAACUCCUCAACCCCUUCUUCAGGAUGCUGCUCACAGCUUGCUAGCGUCGUCCGCUCCUCUCCACAGUGCUUGUGUGAGGUCCUUAACGGCGGUGGCUCAUCACUCGGGAUCAAUGUCAAUCAAACUCAGGCUCUGGCAUUACCAGGUGCCUGCAAUGUUCAGACUCCACCCCUCAGCCAGUGUAACGCUGCUUCUCCAGCUGACUCUCCAGCAGGAACACCAGAAUCUCCAAGUGAUGGUCCUUCAGGAACUGGAUCCAAAAAUGUACCAUCAACUGAAGCUGGCUCAUCUGGAAACUCCAUCAAGUUGUCUACAACUCAACUGUUUGUUGUUCUGGCUGCAGCAUAUGCUACCCUCUCAAUGUGCUGAUUUUCUUUCCUGUUGGCCAACCUUUCGAGUUACACAUAAUGCUCUUGAUGAUUGUUAAUGUAUUCCAUUAUUGUUUAGAAUUCAGUAGUUAGAUAUAUGUAUGUAAUUUAUUACUCAUUGUGACCUCAACAGAGAGGUUUAUAUUUGUUUUUGUACUACAGAAGAGGCAUCCUGCUCUCUUCCCUUUUUGAUAAUAAAGGUUUCUGGUUUCUGAGUGUA